CAAACGUGAGGCAUACGUGACUUACGUGAGAUAUGCGUCGUCGGUUGCUAGUUAUCAGAUUCCGAGCCGUCGGUGGAACAAAGUCAAAAAUUGUCUCACAUAUACAGUCAAGCUAAAGUUAUUGCAGCUUUGGCUGAAAAUAUCGAAGAAGUGUCCGGUACUGGAAAUUUUGGCGCAGUUGGAACUCUUUUGGAAACUUCCAAAACAACACUUGAUACCAUGCUGGAAUUCAAUGACGAAAUUGCCCAAAAUACGAAAGAUAUUCAUGAUCUCAAAAGACGUGUCUCUGCCUUGGAAUCGGGGAAAGGAAGCCGUACCGCACCUCCAACUAGAAGUCCUACUUCACGUCCAAGAUAUACCCCAGCUAGUAAAAAUGAACCCUGUGAUGGACUGCUGUUUCAAAGUAGAUGUUAUUUUGCGAUAUUCUAUGUAAACUCUGGAGGAAUGUCGUAUGAAGAAGGUGAAGAUAUUUGCAGAGAAAAGGGUGGCACUGUAGGUUACUUUCACCGGGCUGAUCAUUACAAAGACAUGACGACACUGAUCAAAAGCCAGUUGAAGGAAAAAAGUCCUUUGAUAAGUUGGGAUUCGAUAGCAUCCGUCUACAUAUGGUUAGGACUCACCAUUGACUUUACGACCAAAAAUGUGGUCCCCAACGGAGAGUGGGCGAUUCACCAAGCCUGGGACUCCGACUUCCCUUCAAUGAAUGCCGCCAAAACGAGAGUUGUGGUUAAAGUCAGUCAAUCAGAAUGGACCAAAGGAGGAAUGCAAAACCGAAAACCUAACAUAAAAGCUGCAGGAGUGUUAUGCAUGAGAUCCAUGUAAAAUAAACAGAGCACGUUCACCAGGCUUACUUGUCGUACUUGCUCUCGGCUAGUAUUUCAAACUCA